AUGCCGCCGCCGCCGCUUGUCGACGACGUCAUCGCCGAGAUCCUCCUCCGCCUCCCGCCGGACGAGCCCGAGCACCUCAUCCGCGCCGCCCUCGUCUGCAAGCCGUGGCUCCGCGUCAUCCGCGACCCCGGCUUCCGCCGCAGCUACCGCGACCUCCACGGCGCCCCGCCCCUCCUCGGCUUCCUCCACCGCCUCAUGGUGUUCCAAGGGGACCCGCCCGCCCGCUUCCCCUCCACCACGUCAAUGCCGGAGUUCCCGCACCCGGGUGCCGGCGGCCGCCGCCGCACGCGCCCCCUCGACUGCCGCCACGGCCGCGUCCUCAUCCACAUGCUGCCGGGUUUCCUCGUCUGGGACCCCGUCACGGGCGACAAACACCACCUGCCGCCCGAGCCGGAGGAAGUCGACUGGCUCAUCUACUCCGCCGCCGUGCUCUGCGCCGCCGACGGCUGCGACCACCUCGACUGCCGCGGCGGGCCCUUCCGCGUCGUCUUCGCGGCCACCCACGAGUACAAGGACAUCAUACUCGCGAGCGUCUACUCCUCAGACACGGGCGAGUGGAGCUCGCCAGUAUGCCUCGACAACACCUGUGAAAUCUACGCCCGGCACACCCGAGAGGCGCGUGCAGAUGGACCCUUGGGACGCUUCUACACACCCUAUGUCCAGCCUAGGCGAGGCGCCCUCGUCGGAGAUGCAGUCUACUUCACUGUUCGGCGGGGCAACGCGAUCGCCAAGUAUGACUUGGGAAAGGACCGCUUAUCCAUGAUUGACCCGCCGCAACAUUGCUUGGUGCACGGCAUUGCUAUCACGGCAGUGGAGAACUGCACUUCACUGGGCUUUACCUGCAUUCAGGGUUCCACCCUUUGUACGUGGGCAAGGAAGGUGGAUGCAGAUGAAACUGCAGAAUGGGUACAAUACAGGGUCAUCGAGCUGGAGAAAACAAUACCUGUUACCAAUCCUGAAGACGAACUAUCCGUGGUCGGCUUUGCAGAGGGUGUGGGUGUCAUCUUCGUUUGCUCAGGUGCUGGCUUGUUCAUGAUCAAGCUCAGUUCUGGGCAGGUUAAGAAGGUUGAUGAGCCCGGAGAAUACUUUAGCGUGCUGCCCUACAUGAGCUUCUACCUUCCAAGCAAUAGUGGUGGACAUGAUGCAACUGAUCUUCCGCACAAUACUUAAGAGGACUUUCUGUCGUGAUGUACUGGUUAGGCAGGUAAGUUUAUCUUCUGCAUGUAUGUUUAGUUAUCUGAUCUGUUCCAUCAAAUAAUGUAGUGCUAUCCUUUCCUUAUGUUAGUGUAGGCUCUUCUCACUCUAGACCCUCCAACGACCGAUGACUUGGAACCGUUCCUCAUUCUCUAUUGUGCAUAUGUUCGUCCCUGCUCAGAGAGAGACUACUGUCAUGCUAAGUAGUAGCAAAUGAACUAACCCUUUGCCGUGCUUCAGGAAUAUAUUUUUGUUUUACUUUGGGAGUUUUAUUUACUCGUUGCUGCAUCACCUUUAACUGUUUUUUCGUUGUUUUGUGUAUCUCAAGUCCU